AUGUCCAUAAAAUUACAUUCCCCAUCUGGAUAAGGAAGAACACACAAAAUCUUGGUGGCAGCCAAAUUGGCUAAUCUCCAAUUGGAAUUUGUUGACACCUAAUUGAACGAGAAGAAUUUCUAAGUAUUCUAAAACAAGUUUCCAUUUGGAAAAGUGCCAGUCUUGGAAACUCAAGAGGGCAAUCUUUUCGAAAGCAAUGCCAUCCUCAGAUACAUAGCAANUCUUUAAGCUUCAAUAUAAUUUUAAUUACUGAAAAUUGCUGAUAAUUUAAACAGUAUAUAAUCAUUGAGGUUAUUCAGUAAUUUGAACAAAAACAAUUUCCUAUAAAAUUGCUAUUAAAUGACAAUUGGAGUAGAGUAUUCGGGUGGGAAAAACGAUCAAUUAUAUGUUUAUUUUUGA